AUCUCCUCAGUCUUCGCGCGUCAUGGAGCAGGAGGUUAUCGAUAAGCUUGAUAGAUUUGCUUUGUCGGAGAGGGAGAAAACCGGAGUGACUUUAUCUAUGGUUGACGUUGAGCCGGGGGUUAACGAAUGUGAGCUUAGCCUUAUUGGUACGAUGAUAGGGGAUAAAAAAGUGAACCUUAGUGGGUUAAAGACUACGAUGGGGAUCAUCUGGAGGCUCAGUAGGCCUUUUUCUGUUCGAGCCCUUGGUACAAAUUCCUUUCAAUUUCUGUUUCGGUCCGAAGAGGAUAAAGCCAAAGUCCUUAAAGGAAAAGCUUGGUCCUUCGACGGCCAGUACCUAAUACUUAAACAAUGGCAAAAGAAUGCAAUGGAAUUCAGAAAGGAGGAGCUGAGGGUUGCCUUGUGGGUUCAAAUUCAUAACUUACCACUCCACUGGAUCUCUGAAGAAACUGGAUCGAAGAUAGGGCAACUCUUUGGGGAGGUGACAGCUGUGAAUAUUCCAGGUGCUGGAGGAGCAAGUGGGAGGAUUAUAAGAAUCCUUACAGAAGUAAAUGUGUCUGAGCCUAUUGUGAGGGGCACAAAAAUUAAGUUAGGAGAUGAAGAGCAUUGGAUUGACUUUAGGUAUGAAAAUCUCUUAACUUUCUGUUUUUAUUGUUGUUUCAUUGGGCAUAAUGAUAAGCAUUGUGAAAUUAAAACUUCUGAUUUAAAAAGGAACUGUUUGAGAACUGGGCAAUUUGGGGAUUGGCUUAGGGGGUAUAAUGGGGGUUUUUUUGAAGCCAGGGAGAGAAAAUCUGGUAGCCCUUCUGGGGAUAACUUGAAUUCUGAGUCUAGUAAAGCCAGAAAAUCAGGGGAUGCUGAGAACAAUCUGAGUGUUGUGGGUGAGGUGGGCAUUGUGGAGGGGGCAGGGAAUAAGGGGAGAGAGGGGGAUAGGAGCAAUAUCAAAGAGGCCCUCAUUAGUGAUGCUGAGUUGAUUCUGAACUGCAAAGAGGGGGGUGAGGGGGAUGAAGUGAGGAGUGUGGGGCAGGAGAUGGUGUGUGUAGAACCCAUGGCUCUUGAUAGUAGUCAAGUUAAGGAAGCUGAGGGUAAUGAGCUUUCCAAUAUCCCUAUUCAGCAAGUGUCUAAUAUCCCUAUUCAGCAAAAAAAAUCUUUUAUUAAAACUGUUUGUAAAAAUUUGCUUAUUAAUGAUAGGUGGGCUUGUGUUGAUUCAGUUGGGUCUAGGGGGGGUUUGUUGGUUUUUUGGUCUCAGAAGGUAGAAGUUGUGGAUAUUAUUAGUAAUAGCUUCAGUAUGCAGGUCUGCUUCCAGUGGAAUGGGAGUAGGGAUAAUAUGUGGGCCAUCUUUGUGUAUGCUAGUAAUGACCCAGGGGAAAGAAGGAAUCAAUGGGAGUUCCUUCUUAAUAGCAAGAGUGGCUGGGGUGAUAAGUGGUUUAUUGCUGGGGAUUUCAAUGACAUCCUCCAUAGUGGGGAGAAGAGUGGAGGGGUUCUCAGAGGGGAGGCUAGCUUCAAGUCUUUUAGGGGUUUUGUGCAGAGUCUUAAUGUGGUUGACUGUCCUACUGUGGGUCAUGAGUACAUUUGGGCUAAUAAUAGAAGGGGGAGGGAGUUUAUUGAGGUGAAGCUUGAUAGAUUUUUUCUGUCCCCUGAGUGGUGGUUUAAAUUCCCUAAUUGCUCAGUUCUUCAUGUUCCUUUAGUUUCUUCUGAUCAUUGCUUAUUGCUUAUGAACACUGAGACCACUAACAGAAAGGAAAGACAGAGAUUUUUCUUUGAUGGCAGGUGGGCCAAGCAGGAGGGGUUCCAGGAAUGUGUAUCAAAAGCUUGGAAUACAGAGACUGGGGGAGUGGGUCUGUACAACUUUCAAAAGAAGCUUAGAAAUGUAAAGUUGGGGCUUCUGGCUUGGACUGUGGGUCAGGGGACUAACUCUGCUAAAAUUAUCAAAUCUUGUAAUGCAAAGCUUCAGAGUUUAGGACGAGAAGGGGGGGAUAGGGACUGGGAUGAAUGGGGUAGAUGUAGAGAUCAAGUUCAUCAAGCUUAUAAGAGUGAGAAGACAUACUGGAAACAAAAGGCUAGAAUUAGGUGGCUGCAGGAGGGGGAUAGUAACACCAGAUUCUUCCAAGCCUGUGUGAGACAAAGAAGAAGUAGGAACAAUUUGGAGAAUUUAAUUUCAAAACUUGGGGUGAAAUGUGCUGAUGACAAGGAAAUUCAGGGGGAAGUAGAGGAAUUUUUUGAGAAGCUGUUCAAAUCCCAGAACCCAAUUUUUGUGAAUCUCCAUAAAUCUAAUAUCUUUUUCUCUCCUAAUACCCCACAUCAUGUUCAAUCUGCCAUUUGCCUUUCUCUUGAGGGCAUCAAGGUGGCUAAGAAUUCUAAGUACCUGGGCCUUCCUUUAGGAAUAGGGAGGAAUAAAAGAGAGACGUUCAACUUU